AUGUCUUCCAAGGACUCUGCCUCCAGCCUACCGGCCCAGAACAAAUCCACGUGGUCGAGUUUCCUCAAGUCAAUCGCCUCGUUCAACGGCGACCUCUCCUCCCUGACCGCACCUCCUUUCAUCCUCUCCGGCACCUCUCUCACCGAGUACUCUGCCUACUGGGCGGAACACCCCGCCCUGUUCGUCGCCCCGGCACAAGAAUCCGACCCGGAGAAGCGAGCUCUCGCCGUCCUGAAGUGGUUCCUUAGCACCCUCCGCCAGCAGUACUGCAGCCGCAGCGAGAAACUGGGCAGCGAGAAGAAGCCCCUGAAUCCGUUCCUCGGAGAGCUGUUUCUUGGCAAGUGGGAUAGCGAUGCGAAUGUGGGUGAGACUAGCUUGAUUAGCGAGCAAGUUAGCCACCACCCCCCGGCCACUGCUUAUGCGAUCCGGAACGAGAAACAUGGUGUUCAGCUGCAAGGAUACAACGCACAGAAAGCUUCGUUCUCCAGCACUAUCUACAUCAAACAGAUCGGCCAUGCCUUGUACACUCUUACACCCCCCGGCGCGGACAGGAACGACCCAGCCCAGCAGGAGAAAUAUGUCAUCACCCUUCCCGCCCUCCACGUGGAAUCGCUAAUUUACGGAAACCCUUUUAUGGAACUAGAAAAAUCGACCUACAUCGUCAGCAGUACCGGCUACAUCUCGAAGAUCAGCUACUCCGGAAAGGGUUGGGUGAGCGGCAAGAAGAACACCUUCACAGCCAGCCUGUACAAGGAAAGCGAUGGCGAGAAGAAGCCCUUAUACACAAUCGAUGGCCAGUGGUCCAAGGAAUUCACCAUCAAGGACGCCAAGGCCAAGAAGGAUGUCGAGACCGUGACGGUUACGGAUCUACAAACCACCCCCCUCACACUUGCGCCCAUCGAGCAACAGGACCUCUUCGAAAGUCGCCGCGCUUGGAGGGACGUCUCAGCGAACAUCGAAACAGGCAACAUGGACGCCGUCUCCACAGCCAAGGGCAAGAUCGAGAAUGCGCAGCGCGAACUCCGCAAGGUCGAGAAGGCCGAGGGCCGCGAAUGGGAGCGCCGCUUCUUCGACCGCGUCGACGAGAACUCGGACCCGCAGUUCCUGGAGCUCGCGCGGAAGGCAGGGCUGACUACUCUGGAGAGCGACAAGACCGGCGGCGUGUGGCGAUUCAGCCCAGAGAAGGCUGUCGGUGCGAAGCCUCCGUAUCACAAGACCGGUGGCGAGGGUCUAGGAGUCUCAAACUAA